AUCAAUUUCAUCCUUUGGUGCUAUAUUUUAACUAUUAUGAUUUUCUCAUUUUUCACUCCAAAUGUUAGUUCUGCCAAGCAAUCCAAGAUAGAAGGCUUGGAAAUGAAUGUGAUAGAUCAAUGUUGGAGAUUGAAUGGUGAAUGGAGGAGAAAUCGAUCACAACUUGCCACAUGCUCGGUGGGUUAUGCAGGGAAAAUGACAAACAACAUAGGUAAGGACCUCAUACAUUAUGAAGUUACUGAUUCUAGUGACAACCCAAUAAACCCCAAACCUGGCACCUUGAGAUAUGGAGCUUCUAGAGUUCAAGGGAAAGUUUGGAUCACAUUCGAAAGAGACAUGCACAUUAGACUCGAGAAACCCCUUUUCAUUAGCAGUUUCACCACCAUUGAUGGUCGAGGUGUCAAUGUCCACAUUGCUGAUAAUGCAUGCUUGAUGAUCUUUAAGGCCACCAACAUAAUCAUCCAUGGCCUUAGGAUUCAUCAUUGCCGACCUCAAGCUCCUGGACUGGUGAUGGGUCCUAAUGGAAAGGUAAUGUCUUUGGGUCAAGUAGAUGGAGAUGCAAUAAGAUUGGUUACCGCUACCAAGAUCUGGGUUGAUCAUAACACUCUUUAUGAUUGCCAAGACGGUCUUCUUGAUGUCACACGAGGUUCCACUGAUGUAACAGUCUCCAACAACUGGUUUAGGGAACAAAACAAGGUCAUGCUUCUUGGCCAUGAUGAUGGGUAUUUGAGAGACAAGAACAUGAAAGUCACCGUUGUGUACAACUAUUUUGGACCCGAUUGCCACCAACGCAUGCCAAGAAUUCGCCAUGGGUAUGCACAUGUUGCCAACAAUCUUUACAUGGGAUGGGUGCAAUAUGCCAUAGGUGGAAGCAUGGAACCCAGCCUCAAAAGUGAAGCCAACCUCUUCAUAGCACCAACGUCUGGGAGUAAGGAGGUGACAUGGAGAAAAAGCAGUAAUGGAAUUGGAGACACGUGGGAAUUUCAUUCAGUAGGGGACGCUUUUGAAAAUGGAGCCUCAUUCGUGGAAACAAAAGGUGAAAAGCUACGAACGCCAAAUUAUAGCCCUGAACAGAGAUUUAAAGUUGCUGAAGCUACAUCUGUGAGAUCAUUGACAAGCUCAUCGGGUGUGUUACGAUGCACUAAUUAA